UUGUCAUGCUUCUACGAUUUUAGGUCGUGCUCAAAUGACACGCCUCCUCUGAACAUUGCCUUUAUAGUUUUUGUUGGAUAUUACGCGGAGUGGAGCUGUUUGUUUGAAACUGUGAUAAAACUUUAUAAUAUUCAAACCAUUGUGGAUAUUCUCGACUAUUCUGUAUUAUUCAUUCAUCCAGGAGGAUGUUUUUUGUGUUUUAAGACGUUCACUAUGGUAUAUUAUACAUGGUAUAUUUAUAAAAUUUAUUAUUGAAAUGGAUUUUUACCCCAGGGCUGUUUAAUAUGUGAAUAUACGAGUGUGUUUAUGACUUGAUAAGGAACAGUUUAUUUGUAUUAGACUUAGAUUAAGACAUGACGUUCUGUCCUCUAUAAAUAGAACAAUAUUUUAAUCAAUUGCGAUAAUUAGCGUUAGUGAUAUAAUAUAGACUGGAUUGAUGAGUCACAGGGCGAUGCAGAUUGUCAUGUAAUUUGAGUUCCUGUAGACAGUUAUUCUACAGUGUCACACACAACACAAACACUCGUCGUCGUGAGUUUAUUUAAAUAUUGCGUGGAUGUAUUAUGAUUUAAUAAGUUUUAAAUCAGUGAUUCUUAAAAUUAUGUGUAUAUAAAUUUGGAUUAAUCUGUUCUAAUUCUUCCCAGAGUUAAUUAAAUUGGAAUAUAUCUAUAUAUUUACUGGAUUAUUGAACUCGUCUUGGAUAUAUCAUCACUCGGUCUUCAGUGGAUAUUUUUAUUGGAUUACAUCAUCUGUGAUAUAUAAAUAUAUAUAAAUAUAUGUGAAAAGAAAAAUGAUCAAGCAGGGUUCAAUACAAAAGUGUACUGGAUAACUUUGAUAUGUGAUUAUCCAGUAUUAUUUAAUGGCUAGAAGUUUUAUAAAAACAAAGCAGCAUGAAGAAAUGGAGAUCUAUGGAUGUGUUCGGAUCGAUGGAGAAUUUGUUCCAUCAUUCGCCAUCCGAUGGACAUAAAAAAGGUGGUUUCCGAAGCAGGUUGUCCAGUUUAAGUGCUAAAGAUGACAGUAGUAUUACUAAACGUGACGGUAACGAGAGUCCUACCGGUGAUACAGUGGGAGGUGGGGCCACAACCGAUCAGAUGAUACAGAGAUGUGUUAUAGUACAGCGUGAUGACAAGGGUUAUGGUCUGACAGUAAGUGGAGAUAAUCCUGUCUUCGUACAGUCUGUUAAAUCAGAGGGUGCAGCAGCAAGAUGUGGUGUUCAGGAAGGGGAUAAAAUAUUAAAGGUGAAUGGUACCCUUGUUACGAAUAAAAACCAUAUAGAUGUUGUUAAACUUAUUAAAUCUGGACCUUUAGUUGCCUUGACCUUAUUAGGUAAACCUCCACCAAAUAGUUUUGAUAAAUCAGCAACAAUAAUAACACCGCAAGGGGUGGCGACAUCUACUGGUAGUCUUGUCACGGCACCUCAACCUGUUAAUCCUGAAAAAGAUCGUGAAUUAUGGCAGCAGAAAGUACAUACGACGAGGGCCAUGUUUGAUCAGGCUCUGGAAGAUUAUGAGAAACUACAGAAAAAUUAUAUCAAAAAUCCGACAGAAAAAAUUCGAGCCCAGCUAUUGGAAAAAGAACGAACAGUGAAGAAAUUAGAAGAACAGUUAAAAACUAUAACGGGUUCCACUGAUUUAUCUCCAUCUCAAUCAUCCAGUAUUUCUGAUUCAGAAAAAAGUCCAAUGGAUCAGAAUAGUAAUACGUCCUGGCGUCGUAAUGCGGUUCGUCACAGUAAACAAGCCUCAGUUCCAGUCAGCCUUUAUUCAUCCAAAUCCAAUGACCUUGACACUAGAAUGACAUCUGUGUCGCGUUCAAAGUCUGAUGUCACUUCACGGCGUCAGCCGUCAUUUACAUCGCAUAUAAGCGGCCUAUCGGGAUUCUCUCUCGGACCAAAUUCUAUAUCACAGACAUCAUCCCUACCUUCAUCGUCAGUACCUCCGAUCUCGGAUGCUGGAAGUAUGUCGGACUCACCACCAACGAGUCCUAGUAUAUCUCCGACACCGUCACAUCCAAGCAACAGACGUGAUAUAGACGAUAGCAGUUCUUCUAGUAAAGUGGAUUCUGGUACAGAGGAUAGUACAAGUUUAACGCCCUAUCAGAUAAAGGAUAUUAUUACUAUAGAUGAUGAAGAUAUUAAUUCGGAAGAGGAAAUUCUGGAUGGUAAACCCUUGGGUCAAGGACCAAUUUCACCUUACUUGAAUAAAUUACAGAAAUCAGAGGCUGGUGAAGCAGGUCCAUUCUCGGAUAUUACAACACUAGAGAAAAAACCAGCACAUCUAGGAAUUUUUCUACAUUAUUUAAUCUCUAAUAGUGAUCCGUCACCCGUGUUUUUUUAUAUAAUAUCUGAUAUGUACAGUAAUGCCCAGGGUAGUACUAAAGAUAUGAGGAAAUGGGCGUAUGAAAUAUAUUCUACUUUUUUAGCACCUAAUGCAAUGUUAUCAGCUGGAUUAGGUGAUAGUGUAAUUAAUUCUAUAGAUAGUGCUCUUAAAACAUCCGGUAAUUCCGGUAAAACAACUAGUGACAAAGAACUACGUUAUGUUUUCGAUAACGCACGUCAAACUGUCACUAGUGUUAUACAAGAUUUGUUAGCAGACUUCAGACGACAAAAAGAUUUAGGUCUGGGUAGUAUUUAUGGUUGUCAUGAGUUGCUGGAUGAUAUGGAUAGAAAUGCGGAGAUGAAAAUGAUAGAAAAAUAUGUUAUUCCUCACAUGAAUAGAUUAACGGAAGACAAAGCUAAGUCCGAUCGUGAUCAGGCGAUGGGUUGGGCGUUAGCUAGUUUUUUACGUCAAGUUAUAACUAGUAAAUCACAACAUUCUAAUUCCUUAGAGAGAGUACAAAGUUUCGUCAUGAAGGAUAAACGAAGUUUGAAAUUUCCAAUCACUAAAUCAAAAACAAAGACAAUUAAAGGCCAUCAGUUCAACCUACAGCAUUAUUACAUGGUGACAUUUUGUCAACAUUGCGGUAGUUUAAUAUGGGGGGUUGGUUACCAAGGAUACCAAUGUAGUGGUUGUGAUCAGAAUUUUCAUCGACAAUGUAUCGAGGAUAUUCAAGAAGUAUGUACUAAAAAUAAAAAAGGUAUGAAGAGACCUUCUGGCUUGAUACCAGUCAUCCCGUCAAUACGUAAACCCAGUAACCCAAACGCUUUAGCUGGUACUUCCUUUACUCCAGUGAAUGAAGCUUUGGCAGCGGCAGCCGCAGCAGAAGGCCGGGAAAUUGUCACCCAACCUGUAAAGAAGGAUGAGGACGUUGAUAUGUCUGAUACCCUUCAAUUCAUAGCGGGACUUCCAGCCGGCCAUUCUGUCAAGUCAAUCAUUAAUCGUUACGAGAAACCAAGUCCAGAACAACCAGCCAGUGAUGAAGAAGAAUAUGAUGACAGUAAAGAUAAAAAAAAGAAAGAAGUUGGUAGAUCAGAAAGUAUGAAAGGACGUGGUGAUAAAAAAGAUAGAGAUUCCAAACGACGAACAAAAAGUGACGUUGAUGUUGAUGAUAAUACUAUUAAAGCCCUUAACCAAUCAGGAAGCUCCUCAACAUCUAGUCUUGGUGUUGAUAAUAAUACUGAUGAAGAUAUUAUGGAAGAUGUGCAUUUUGGUGAACAGAAUGAUUCCGAUUUCGAGGUAGAAACAGAUCUACCAUCGUUAAAACAAGUCAUUGGUGAAGACGUCCAUCGUAAAUUAAAACCAAAAGAAAGAAAACGGCAAGAAGUUCUCAAUGAAUUAUUCCACACCGAGAAGAUGCAUGUUCGUAAUUUAAAGAUUUUAGACAGGUUAUUUUUUCGACCGAUGGUGGGAGAGCCUGCGACGAAAGAUUUAGCUAAAAAACUUUUACCCAACAUUCAUCAAAUGAUUCGACUUCAUAGUUCAUUAAACAAUGGGUUGAAGAAUCUACGUAAACAAAAUCCUGUGAUAGGGGACGUAGGGGAAAUAUUCUUAAAACGGUUUGAUGGGGAAGAUGGAGAGAUGUUCCAAAAAGCCUGUGCCACAUUCUGUCGAGGCCAAUCAAACGCUCUCGAAGCUCUUAAAAAACAUCAGCGUAAAGAACAAAGAUUCUCUUCGUUUUUAAAUGAUGCAGAAAGUAAUCCCUUAUGUCGAAGAUUACAACUGAAAGAUUUAGUUCCGACACAGUUUCAACGAUUAACGAAAUAUCCUCUGUUAAUAGAAAACUUGUUAAAAUAUUCUUCCACCAAUUCUGAUGAAUAUAAAAAUUUACAGAAAGCCCAGCAGAAAUCUCGAGAUAUUUUGGCGUUUGUCAAUCAAUCUGUCAAAGAUCACGAGAACGAACUUCGUUUACAGGAAUUACAGAAAAGAAUUGAGAAGAAAAUCCCUCAAGAUACACAAGACAAAAGACGUCAGUUAGCAGAAGAUAUGAAGAACUUGGAUCUGUCCGAACAUAAAUUAGUUUAUGAAGGAGAAUUAACAUGGAGACUUCGUCCGAACAGAUUAAUAGAAAUGCAUGUUGUUCUCUUGGAGGACAUCCUGGUUUUAUUACAAAAACAGGACGAUAAACUUGUCCUCAAGUGUCAGAGUACGAACGUCCAUACAACUUCGGAUUUAAAUCAGCCUGGACGAGAUGCAGGAAAGGGCUACACACACAGUCCAAUAUUAAAACUACAGAAUGUUCUGUCUAGAAAUGUAGCAACAGAUAAGAAAGCUUUUUUUGUGAUAAAUACGUCCGAAGCUGGGCCUCAAAUUUAUGAAUUGAUAGCAGCUACCCAAGACAGCCGUAAAAAAUGGCAUAAUCAUAUCAACACAAUGUCCGACGCUUGUAAAUUUAAGAAAACUAAAUUGAACGUACCAAUGACACCACAACCUCAAGAAAUAACCGAAAUAAGAGACAGAAUCAAAGUGCGCUCGCCUUCUAACUUAUCCCGAGCACACACAAAUACCCAAGAAACCGUGCCACAACGAGAGUCUUCGGUUAUUGGUGAAACGGCAGAAGUGGUUUCAGAACCGGAAUUAGUUCAGCCUGGUGAAGUUGUUAAAUCUGGUUUAAUCGUAGCACAGUCGAAACCCGUCUUAACACCACUAGAACAACUCAAGAAAAACGACGACGCAAUGAUGGAGCUUUUGAAAGAGAAAGAAAAAAUUGUGUCGUCAUUGACGGGCGUACAGAUAACUCAUCAGGAUGGCUUUGGAACCAUGGCUGAGCCAUCUUAUAAUGAAGAUCAAGAUACCAAGUUUUUGUUAGCGGCAGCAUUUCAACAAAUGGAGAAUUUCAACCGUCUUAUGAACACUGGAUGUCAAACUCUUGUCAAUCAAACCCAAGACUCCACCCACUCUAAUACCAUAAAAAGUGGAGGAUUAAACGUUCCGAUACCAAUGUCACAGUUAAAGGAUAUGGCGGCGAAGAUGAAUUCUAUUCUGACUAAUCUUUUGUCGGCUGUUGGCACCAAUGAAGAGGAAAAAGAUCGACUUCGUGAAGAGCUGAAAGCUGCACAGGAUCAACUGAAUGUUCUACGUGAAAUUCAGAGAAGUGCGAUGGAAGCUGAACAUUCAUCACAGAGUCGCCCUGCUAGCAUGGUGUCAGUUGCAUCAUCUGUAUCUGAACAGGAGGAGACAACUGAAGAACAACUGACUGAAGGAGAAGAAGAAGAUACAGCCCAGGAAUCAGAUCAUGAAAUGGUUGUUAUGGAAACUGCUACCCAGAUGAACUCUGAACCCCAAGUUCUCGACCUUGAAUCACACCUGCUAGAAUGUGCCGCUGAAACAAAUGAACAAGACCCACAGAUUCAGGAAAUGAUCAGAGAAGCAGAGAACAUAGCAAUCGGGGAAGAUAACUCUAUGAGUAAUAAAAUAGAGGAGGAUGUCGAAUCUGAUAACUUUCCACAACUAAACAGUGCUACCAUUUCACAUGUUGAACCUGUGACUGAUCAUGUGAUCGAAGAUGAUCACAUGAUGGAUCAUGUGACUAAUCAUGUGAUUAAGACUGAUCCAGUCGGUGAGGCCGAUCAAGUAACAAUAUCAGAUCUGGUUAGUACAAGUGAUAAUUCUAGUGACAAUAUUAUGAACCGAUCAGAGUGCUUGAUGGAUUUGAGUAGUCAUAGUAACGCGGAUGAUGAGCAUGACAAUAUAAAUAAUAAUGCCGAACCUCAGGAUAAUUCUUCUAUCUCCUCUGAACCUCAUCAGGUUCACGCAGCAACAGAUUCCUAUGAAGGUGCUAAUUUUUCCGAUUCUGAUUCAACUGUGACCCCUGUUCCAUUUUGUAGUGAAUUGGAAUCUGAUAUGGACCCUAUGGCUAAAAGUGACGCCACCCUCGUUGGCUCUGUUAAUUCCAUUCUCUCUGAUAGUGAAAUUACCCAAGAUGCAUCUAAUGCAUGUGAUUCAACGAGUGACUCACAAAGGACCAAUGAAAAAUCAGAUGAGUCUACGACAGUUCAGUCGGACCAAUCGGAUGGUAUAGAAAUAUGAAUUAUUAUAAAACAUCAAAACGUGAUUCCUCAUUAUCAAGUGAUUUGUGACAACUUCCUGUUGAAUAUAGAAGUAAUAGUUUAGAGUUAUCUUCCCAAAAAGGGAAGACAACUCUUUUAAAUAAACUGAUACUCCUGAUGAAAAGUGCUGAUGAUAUUAUCGUUCAUUGUGAAGGAGGAACAAAAAAAAAAACAACAAGCGUGACCCUCCAUUGUAGUAACUUGACUAAAAUAGUUUUUAUGAUUUAUGAGAGAGAUAAGAAUUGUUGUUUAAUAUGAAGUGCUAUUUUUAUAUACAACCUUGUAGUAGAUGUAGAAGUAUAAACAUUUAACACAGGACUAUUUUAACAAGUCAAUGUAUGCAUAUCAAAUGUAGAUAUUAUUAACACGAGUUCACUGCUCAUGUAAUGUAAUCGAUGCUAAGCAACCCAUGAAGAAAUGAUGAUAUUCUACACUGUGACCGGGUGGGAGCAUUCCUACUCUAUUAAGACACUUUUUCACCACAUUAUAGUCGAUUGUAUCCAGGUGUGAUUGGGUACCGGUUGUACCCAGGUGUGAUUGGGUACCGGUUGUACCCAGGUGUGAUUGGGUACCGGUUGUACCUAGGUGUAAUUGAGUACCGAUUGUACCCAGGUGUAAUUGGGCACCGGUUGUACCCAGGUGUAAUUGGGCACCGGUUGUACCCAGGUGAAAUUGGGCACCGGUUGUACCCAGGUGAAAUUGAGUACCUGUUGUACCCAGGUGUAAUUGGGUACCGGUUGUACCCAGGUGUAAUUGAGUACCGGUUGUACCCAGGUGUAAUUGAGUACCAGUUGUACCCAGGUGUAAUUGAGUACCGGUUGUACCCAGGUGUAAUUGGGUACCGGUAGGAUAGUUUAAGGUAAAUAGAAAGUAGCACAAUAAUCGUGUAUGGUUUUGAUGAAUGACCGUGAAGGUAAUAAUAAGACCUCUGAUCACACCGACUUACAGCUUGUUUCAAGGUCGUGCAUUCUGAUGAACUCCCAAUGCCACAUGUAACUGUAGGACAUGAUGAACUCCCAAAGUCACAUGUAACUGUAGGACAUAGUGAACUCCCAAUACCACAUGUAACUGUAGGACAUGAUGAACUCCCAAUGCCACAUGUAACUGUAGGACAUAGUGAACUCCCAAUACCUCAUGUAACUGUAGGACUAUCAUCAUGUAUUUUGGGGCUGUAAGGGCAACUACAGAUAUUGACUGAUCUUUUUUAUGCUUUGUACCGUCUUACAUGUACAGGAUUUAAAAUUUUAGGACAAUGCAAUGUGGUUAUGAAAUGCAUCACACUUUUCAAAAUGCUAUAUUUAUGAUAUGCCUUCAAGAGUUAUUUCCCCUUAUUGUUGCCUAUAUUACUUCUUCUUCUUAUUGCUGCCUAUUUUUCAUGUAUUUUCUUUUGGAAUUCUGCACAUUAAUAUUCUGUUCAUAUAAUAUUCAGAAAGGGUGGGAAAGGGGUUUCUCCUGGAGUUAAUGGAAUUUUAAAAUUUAAAUUAGGGGAAAACAGCAACUCUUGUAUGACUAUUCCUCCAUUUUGUAAAUUACAGCUGUGAUGAUGUAACUUAUUUUGAUAUGUGGACAUUUAGAUUUAAAUAUUGGAGAAAACGACUAGUUUUAUAUUUUCUACUGACUACUGUUUAUGGUGACAAUUUAUUUAUUUUAUUUUUUUUGUAAAAGUGUAAAUACUUCAACCUGUAUGUAACUCAGACCUUUGACCGAUGUUUUUUAUACAAAAUUAUUUCUACUUGGUAAAUAUAGCAGGCUAAAGGCAAGCAUUUUUAUAAAAAACACCGAUGCAAUUCAUAUGAAGGUUUUUUUUUUUUAUCAUUAAUAAUUGAUUUCUCGGGUGAGUUUCUUUUCUUUGACAAAAAGAUGAAAAAUGACAACAUUAUUGAUGUCACUGUUUAGCUAGAAAUGAAAAUGAUUAGAUUAAUAUUAUUGCUAAAAGUAUUUCUGUUUCGUGUGUGUAUAUUAAUUUUUGUAAAAGAAAAGAUCGUUUCAACAGUUAAUGUGGUUUACCUAUCCUAUGUAUUUGCAUACCAUUGUCUUUGACUACUUUCACUUGCCUUUAUCUUGACCUUGACCUUAAUUUUGAGUGGGUUUACUCCCAAUAUUUGUCUGGUCUUUUUUUUUUAUGAAAUUUUCGAUUUUUAUGAUGGUAAAUAGAAGGAGGAAGAAUAUGUCGCAAGUAGACACAAACUUUUUUAUAAACUUCACAGGUUUAUUUUAUGUUAUUUAUUACUAUGACAUAAACAUCACAUAUCCUUCUCCAUUUCGAAAAUUUGAUUUAAAAGGAAUUAAAUAUUGAAAUUAAAGUUUUCUCAUGUAAACAGCUUUUUUUGACUGUAAGUUGUGUAGUUAAAUAUAUAUUUUACUGUAGAAGUGAAUUGCUGUUUAUUAUAUUAAUUAAACUCUAUUUUAUGUACAUUACAAUAUAAAUAUAAUAUAAUUCAAUAGGUUGAUUAUCUCCCUUUAAUUUUAUUAUCUCCCCUUGUUUGGGUUUUUUUCCCCUUACAUGGUUAUCGUUUCACUGAUAUUCCCAGUUUUGACUUGGUGCCAGUGAAAGGGAAUAACAGAAAAAUCUUCUGUUCAGUCAAUUUACGGUCAUAAAAUUCAGUAUUUCAAAAAAAGAGUUUUAUUGAAAGACACUAAUGCUGUUUGUUUCUAUUUGUAAAAACUCUUCAAUAUUUAUUUAUGAAUAGAAAUAACUCUUUAAAUGGUCAUAUUCAUUGAAAGUAAAAAUUGUUCCCCAUGUGAGGUGAAUAAACUUGGCGAAUGAAUUGACAGGCUGGCACAAUUUUAAGUUGAGAGCCAUGUUGGAUUUCCUUUGAGUUUUAUAUUUAUUGUUAAUAAUAACAAUAUGGAAAAUUUACAGCCCAGGGUUGUCAUUCUGGCAAAAUUAAGAAUUUAAAUCCCCAAUACUGAGUAUUUAAAUUUAAGAAUUUAGAGCCUUGAUACUGAAUAUUUAAAGGCCAGAGUCAUCAUUCUGGAGCAAUAUUUUUAUAUUUUUGUUGAAUUAAUUGCUGAUUACAUCAGGGGGAGAUAAAUCGGUAUUAAGGGGAGAUAAUCCUACACAUUGAAUCUGGUAAGCAACAGUAAUUAUAAACACUAUGUAUACCGUACACACUGUAGUAUAAACAAAAUACCUAGCAAAAAAAAAACUCCUAUAAAAAUUCUUAAAUAUCAGCAUUUUUUGUAGUUGUUUAGUUAAUUAUAUAAAUAUUAUAUAUAGGCCUAUAUAUAUAUAUAUAAAUGAAUAUAUAUAUAUAUAUUAAUAAUGAGUACUUUUGUUGAAGUUUUAAUUAAAUCAAAUGAGUAAAUUCAUGUACAUAAAAAUUAUACACAGUAUAAAAAUAUUUUGUAAAUAAUCUCUCCCAGCCCUCCCCACUGAAUUCUGCCCCUUCCACGUCCCCUGUUUCGUACUGUAUAUAACCCCUGUAAGAAGUUAUAAGCUGAUAUUAAAUGAGACCACUGUUGUAAAAAGUAUAAUGUUUGCUGUUUUGAUAAUAUAUGAAUUAUUAUUUGGAACUAGUAAGAGGCCCACAGGGACUUCUUACAAGGAUAUCAUGACAGCAAAUACUCCCAAACAAUAAAACGUUACAUUAACAUUGGCUGUUACCAGUUCCCCCCCUGUAUAUUAUGGUGUAAGAAGAAGGCUGAUCCUUGCUCCUCCCCCAUGUAUAAUUUGCUAUAAUAAUAAUGUGUAGUUAUAAAUUAAUAUAAGUGUAAAUUUACAUUAUAAAUUGGUUACUAUUUAUAACCUAAUAAACAUUAAAUAUCCUAA